AUGUUCUCCAUAUCGACCCGAGCUCCGCUAUCUUCCAUCCCUACCUCGGAUGCCGUACCGACAUCCUACCACCGAGCUGCGGACGAGAGGAAAUAUCAGAUGGACAUCGAUGAGGAGUACGGAGAAGGGAGCUCAGGGGAACUUGGGGCGGCAGGGAAGAAUAUCGUCGGGCCGGGAGAGAGUAUCACGAGCUCAAAAGACUACAUGAGGGGCCACGGCACAUACGUGGAGGAUGAGCAAGUGGUGUCGUCCGUCGCAGGUACGAUUGAGCGGGUGAACAAGCUCAUCUCUGUCAAACCACUCAAAUCGAGAUAUACCCCUGAAGUAGGCGAUCUUGUCAUUGGGCGUAUCGUCGAAGUCGGCUCGUCGAGGUGGAAGGUCGAUGCGAAUGCAAGACAGGAUGCUGUUUUGAUGUUGUCGAGUGUCAACCUGCCGGGCGGUGUACAGAGGAGAAAAGUGGAGCAGGAUGCGCUGAAGAUGCGAGAGUUCCUGGCUGAAGGCGAUCUCCUCGUCGCCGAAGUCCAAGCUUUCUUUGGAGACGGCGCCAUGUCCCUACAUACCCGUUCCCUCAAAUACGGUAAACUCCGAAACGGCCUCCUCCAACCUCUGCCGCCACACCUCAUUCGCCGUCUCAAAUCACACUUCCACCACCUCCCACCACCGUGUGGACCGACUGGCGUCGAUGUAAUUCUAGGGUUGAAUGGAUGGGUGUGGGUCUCGGCGGGUACCAAGGCGGCUGUGGAGGGGGACGGACAGGGACAGGGGGUAGGAGGGGGAGCGGAGGGGGAUGGGUUUGGUGCGGAGGGGGUGUAUAGCAACGUCAACGACGAAAUAACACCCGAGUCUCGCACAGCCAUCAGCACCAUCGCCUCCCUCAUCCGCCUGUUCGCGAAAUAUCACAUUCCCCUCUCCGACAGCUUACUGCUUGAGGGAUAUCAGUGGAUCUCGAAAAGGAGAGGUGGGGCUGAGUCGACGAUGAUCAGUGAUGAGGAUGGGGAGAGGCUUAUUGGGGACGUGCUGGGUGUGGACGUCAGCGUGGACGCGUGA